AUGCACCGGGCGCGGGCACGCGGCGGCAUGAGCGGGGCCGGCGGGGAGCCCGGGCGGCCGAUGGGGAGAGCAGGGGCAGCCCCGCCGAGCCCCGGCAUCCCCCCGAAGCGCGCCAAGGUCACGGCGGAGCAGGGGGUGGCCGAGGGGGGCCCCGCUCGCCUGGCGGCGCCGGCCUUCGUGCGGAAGCUGAAGAACGCGGCCAUCGGCACCGGCUGUGACAUCCGGCUGCGGGUGGUGGCGGUGGGGAACCCCCGGCCCAGCCUGCGCUGGUACAGGAACGAGGAGCAGCUCGCCCCGCACGAGGAGGAGUACGGCACGCUGUGGAUCCGGGACAGCAAGAAGGAGGACGCUGGCGUGUACACGUGCAUCGCCGAGAACGAGCGGGGAGAGGCCAUGACCAGCGCCGUGCUGGCCAUCAUCGACAUGGAAGACUCGGAGACCGGCGAGGAUGAGCCCAGCGACCCCCAGGUGACGCAGCGCAGCGAGCUGCAGGAUGAGACGGCCUUCAGCACCCCCACGGGUGGGUCCGACACCCUGGUGGACGCCUCCAUGAACACGACGCCGACCUCGGUGCUGGCCCUGUCGCAGGCGGAGGAGCGCUCCAGCUGGUCGGGCAGCCAGCAGACCGUGGUGGAGAAGGAGCCGGAUGCCAGCCUCCCCGCGCGGGGACCCUACCUGCGCCCCAGUGCCUGGCAGCCGCAGGGAACCCCAAGGCAAGCAAACGCGCCGGCCCCGCGCGGCGCCGAGGUCCGGCACCUGGGCGUGGAGCCGCUGGUGCGGGCAUCACGGGCUAAUCUGGUGGGCACAAGCUGGGGGUCGGAGGAUAGCCUCUCGGUGGCCAGCGACCCGUACGGCAGCGCCUUCAGCCUGUACCGAGGACGGGCGCUCUCGCUCCACGUCAGCAUCCCCCAGGGGGGCUACCGGAGGGAUGACCCCCACAGUGGCCCCGUCUCUCCGAAGCCCGGCGCUGAGCCCCCGCGGUCCCCCGCUGCCCUGCCGCUGACCACCAAGCCACCCAUCAUCCGCUCGCCAUCACCUCGACCCGGCGCGUGCCCGCUGCCGCCCUCCGGCGCCGCCCCCCAGCCGGCCGCCCGCAGCCCCGGCGUCCCCUCCUGCACGCCCGUCACCCCCCGCAAGAAGUCCUCGGUGCCGACCGAGUACCAGGACACUGUCCCCGAGGAGUACGAGGAGAAGAUCAAGAAGCCCAAGUCCUCGGGGUACUCGCAGGGCAGCACGCAGGACUCCCGUCCCCCGACGCCCAUGAGCGACGCGUCCGGCCGCGUCUCCGUCCGAGCGUCGCCCAAGCUGGUGCGCGCCGGCUCCAGGAUCUUCGAGCGGCUGCAGUACUUCGAGGAGCGCCGGAGGAGCCUGGAGCAGGCGGACAGCCCCUUCCCCGCCCGGCCCUGGCUGCCCCUGCGCAAGACGCGCUCCUUCGACCAGCCCGGCUCGGAGACGCGGCGGCCGGGCACGCCGGGGGGCUGGCGGGACGAGGCGGGGGGCAGCAGUGCGGCGAGCCGGCGCCUGGCCUUCCGGCAGAAAGCCGCCUCCUUCGACGAGCGGGGCAAAUUCGCCGGGCGCGUGCAGGACAUCGAGCACAAGUUCUCGGAGGAGCUGACCCGCAUCAAGAGGACGGUGUCCAAGCAGCAGCUGCGGCGCUCGCAGGAGCUGGGCAAAGCCCGGGCGCCCUCGCCCCAGCCGGCCAGCGAGCCCCCCGCCGCCCGCGCCCCCCGCACCCCCUCCUUGCCAAGCACCGGCGGGCGCAAGGUGCAGCCGCCCAAGGCCUCUCCAGCAGCGGAGAGCACGCACGUCAUCCAGCACCUGGCCCUCUCCAGCGUGGCGCUGGUGGGGCCCAACGGGGAGCCGGAGCCGGGGGGGCAGCGGGGGCGGAAAGCCCCGGCGCGGGGCGGCGCGGCGGAGGAGGCGAGGAAGGGUGCGCAGCAAGAAGGCGUUGGGGAAGUGAGGAAGAAGGAGCAGUGGCCGCUGGCACAAGCCACCCCGCAGGGGCAGACAGCCCUGUCCCACGGGGGUGCUGCCGAAGGGACCUCGUGCCCGGACGGGGGCCCCGCCGGUGCAGCCAGGGCCCCCGGGGCGGCGAGCGAGGGCCUGGCCGCCAGGCUGGCCGUGCCCCAUGGGCUGUACCGGAGGCCAGAGGCGCCCACGGAGGUGCGGUUCCUGCCCUGGGCGAAGCCGGGGAUGGAGCAGGAGGCCCGGCUGGAGAGGAGCUGGGCAGGGCAGCACGGCGCAGGCAAGGAGGUGGAGAGAAGGCAGAUGAAAGUGGCAGAGAAGAAAGAGAGCGUUCGGACAGCAGCUCAGGAGGGCAGGAGCACGCGGAGCAAGGGGAAGGGGCGCCGAGCCCGGCCCACCUCUCCAGAGCUAGAGUCCUCCGACGACUCCUACGUCUCGGCGGGUGAGGACCCCCUGGAAGCGCCCGUCUUCGAGAUCCCCAUCCAGGACACGGCGGUGGCCGUGGGGGCGGAGGUGCUGCUCAAGUGCAUCGUCACGGCCAACCCCCAGCCAGAAGUGUCCUGGAGGAAGGACGGGGUGCCGCUGCGGAGCAGCACGGCGCGCCCCAUCAAGGCGGAGGGCGAGCGUCACACCUUGCUGGUGCGGAGCGCGCGGGUGGCCGACGCCGGCCUCUACACGGUGACCGCGGCCAACGAGGUGGGCGCCACGUGCUGCAGUGCCAUCCUCAGCGUGCGGCCCGCCCCCGCUGUGGAGCGGCAUGGGAACUUGGCACCCCCCCUCGGCCAGGCCAGCCCCAUCACGUCGGACGAGGAGUACCUGAGCCCGCUGGAGGAGUUCCCCGAGGCCGGGACCCCCCAGCACCGACCGGCCAUGAAGCUGCAGCCUCGAGCGGAGCACGGGGCUGCCCACGGCUCCCCGGAGAGCAGCUUCAAGGCUGCGCCCACCUUUGAGGUGGCCCUGUCGGACCAGUCGGUGCUGGAGGGGCAGGAUGUCAGCAUGAGCGUCCGCGUCCGCGGGGAGCCCAAGCCCAUCAUCUACUGGCUGCGGAACCGGCAGCCGGUGAAGUACGGCCGGCGGCACCACGCGGAGGAGGCGGAGGGGGCCCGGGGGCUCUUCACGCUGCACAUCCUGGCGGCGGAGCGCACCGACACCGGCUUCUACACCUGCAAGGCUGUCAACGAGUACGGCACCAAGCAGUGCGAGGCCAAGCUGGAGGUCAGAGCUCGCCCCGAGUGCCAGUCCCUGGCCGUGGUGGUUCCCCUGCAGGACGUGGUGGUCGGGGCGGGGGAGCUGGCGCUCUUUGAGUGCCUGGUGGCUGGCCCGCCAGACAUGGACGUGGACUGGUUGUCGCGGGGCCGGCUGCUCCAGCCCGCCCUGCUCAAAUGCAAGAUGCACUUUGACGGGCGCAAGUGCAAGCUGCUGCUCACCUCCGUGCACGAGGACGACAGCGGCAUCUACACCUGCAAGCUCAGCACGGCCAAAGACGAGCUGACCUGCAGCGCCCGGCUGACGGUGAAGCCCUCGGUGCAGCCGCUCUUCACCCGCAAGCUGGAGGACGUGGACGUGGUGGAAGGGCGGACGGCACGCUUCGACUGCAUGGUCAGCGGGACGCCCCCGCCGGCGGUCACCUGGACCCACUUCGGCCAGCCGGUACAGGAAGGGGAGAACGUGAGGAUCCAGCGGGACGGGGGGCUGCACUCCCUGGUCAUCGUGCACGUGGGCAGUGAGGACGAGGGGCACUACGUGGUGACCGCCAGGAACGCCCACGGCCACGUGGAGUGCUCCGCCGAGCUCUACGUGGAGGAGCCACGGCCGUCUGCUGCCUCCCAGAUCUCCAAGCUGGAGAAGAUGCCGUCCAUCCCGGAGGAACCGGAGCAGGCGGAGACCGAGGCGGAGUGCUUCACCAUGCCCGACUUCCUGAAGCCUCUGCACAACCUGGAGGUGGUGGAGUCGAAGGAGGCGGUGCUGGAGUGCCAGGUGGCCGGGCUGCCCUACCCCUCCAUCACCUGGUUCCACAACGGCACCCGCAUCGACAGCACCGACGACCGCAAGAUGAUGCAGUACAAGGACAUCCAUCGCCUGGUGUUCACGGCCGUCAGCCACGCGCAUGCCGGCGUCUACAAAAGCGUCAUUGCCAACAAAGUCGGGAAGGCCACCUGCUACGCGCACCUCUACGUCACGGACGUGGUGCCCACGCCCCCCGACGGGCCCCCCACGGUGGCCUUGGUGACCGGCCGGGCCAUCACGCUGACGUGGAACAAGCCCAAGUGGCUGGACACUGCCAUAGACCCCAGCUCGGUGACCUACGUGGUGCAAAUGCAAGUGCUGGGCACGACGCAGUGGGUGGUGCUGGUGAGCGGCGUGCGGGACACCACCUACACGGUGCACAGGCUCACCAAGGGGGCCCAGUACCUCUUCCGUGUCAUCACCUCCACCCCCAAGACCAACAGCAAGCCGUCCCCGCUCGUGGGGCCCGUGCAGCUCCUGGAUCGGGGUCCCUACCUGGAGGAGGCCCCGGUCAUCCUGGACAAGCCAGACGUGGUGUACGUGGUGGAGGGCCAGCCGGCCUCCGUCACCAUCACCAUCAACCACGUGGAGGCCACCGUCACCUGGAAGAGGGGCGGGCAGGUGCUGGGGGAGCAGGACGGCACGUGCGAGGUGACGAUGCCGGAUGACGACCAGCACUGCCUGCGGCUGCUGCGCGUGGGCCGGGGGGCCGCGGGGCCGCUGGCCUGCGAGGUGAGCAACCGCCACGGCUCUGCCCGCUGCACCCUCCGCCUCCACCUCGCAGAGGCGCCGCGCUUUGAGUCCAUCAUGGAGGACAUCGAUGCUCAGGAAGGGGAGACGCCGCGCUUCGCCGUGGUGGUGGAGGGGAAGCCGCUGCCGGACAUCAUGUGGUACAAGGACGGGGAGCUGCUGGAGGAGAGCAGCCACCUGAGCUUUGUCUACGAGGACAACGAGUGCUCCCUGGUGGUGCUGGGUGCUGCCGAGCCCGACAGUGGGGUCUACACCUGCACAGCCAGGAACCUGGCCGGGGAGGUGUCCUGCAAGGCGGAGCUGGUGGUGCGCUCAGCCCAGCCCGCGGCCGAUGCCAGCAUGGAGGAGGAUGCGCUGCACAAGGCGCGACGCCUGACCGACUACUACGACGUGCACGAGGAGAUCGGGAGGGGGGCUUUCUCCUACCUGCGGAGAGUGACGGAGAAGAGCAGCCGGCUGGACUUCGCCGCCAAGUUCGUCCCCGGCAGGACCAAGGCCAAGCAGUCGGCACGCCGGGAGCUGCACAUCCUCUCGCAGCUGGACCACGAGCGCAUCGUCUUCUUCCACGACGCCUUCGAGAAGAAGAACGCCGUCAUCAUGGUGAUGGAGCUCUGUGCCGAAGACGAGCUGCUGGACAGGAUGGCGAGGAAGCCCUCAGUGUGCGAGUCUGAGGUCCGCUCCUACAUGCGGCAGAUCCUGGAGGGGAUCUGCUACCUGCACCAGCACCACGUCCUGCACCUGGACAUCAAACCAGAAAACCUCCUGAUGGCGGAUUCGAGCAGCGAGCAGGUCCGCAUCUGCGACUUCGGCAACGCGCAGGAGCUGACGCCCGACGAGCCGCAGUACUGCAAGUACGGCACCCCCGAGUUCGUGGGCCCUGAGAUCGUCAACCAGAGCCCCGUCUCCAGCGUCACCGACGUCUGGCCUGUGGGGGUCAUCGCCUACCUGUGCCUCACAGGGAUCUCCCCCUUCGUGGGUGAGAACGACAAGACGACGCUGAUGAACAUCCGCAACUACAACGUGGCCUUCGAGGAGAGGAUGUUCCAGGGGCUCACCCGGGAGGCCAAGGGUUUUGUCAUCAAAGUGCUGGUCAACGACAGGCUGAGACCCAACGCGGAGCAGACCCUGGAGCACCCCUGGUUCAAGACGCUGGCCAAGGGGAAGGUCAUCAGCACUGACCACCUGAAGCUCUUCCUCUCCCGUCGGAAAUGGCAGCGCUCGCAGAUCAGCUACAAGUGCAACAUGGUGCUGCGUCCCAUCCCGGAGCUGCUGGAGGACACCUCCAACCACCUCUCCAUCGCCGUGCCCCGGCACCUCAAGGAGUCCCCGGCGCUGUCGUCCUCCUCGGACUCCGAUGACCUGGACGAGCUGCCCUUCAUCCCCAUGCCGCACCAGGUGGAGUUCUCUGGCUCCCGCAUGUCCCUCAACGAGAUCCCCACGGACGACGAGGCACCGGGGCCGCCCGAGGGCCCGAGGCAGGAGGUGGCCAUGCCAGGGGACGGCUCCGCCAUGGAGUGGCAGAGCGAGGGCGCGGGGAAGCCUGGGGUGGCCCUGGGGAAGAGACCAAGGGCCACAGGGCCACGGCGGCCGUGCGCAGAGGCAGAGGCACCUGGCUCCUCCGACGAGGAAGCCCCCGAGGCCCAGAAGUGGACGGAGUACCCCCGCAAAGCCAUGAGGAAGGGCUCCAGCCUGGAGUCCCCGGAGAGCGCCCGCAGGGGCGAGCUGAAGCGGGGCAGCUCAGCCGACAGCGCCCUGCUGCUGGGGCAGCCUCCAGGGGCCGAGGAGGGGGCCGAGGCGGGCCGGGAGCCCCGCCGAGCCCUGGCCAAGGCGGCCUCCAUGGAGCUGCCACGGCGCCGGGGGGGCGAGGAGGAGCACGCCCAGCGCCUGGAGCUGAUGCGCCAGCGCCUGCUGCGGAGCGGCCCCACCGACGGCAAGGUCAGCGGCUUGCGGGGUCCCCUCCUGGAGACGCUGGGGGUCAGCCCCGACAAGAAGGGGCUGCGGCCGCCCCGCGUGGAGCAGCUGGCACCGGCGGGGCCAAGGCUGGUGCGGGCAGCCUCCAGCGAGGCCGCCUCGUCGCAGCUUCUGCCUCCUGAGCGCGUCCUGCAGAAGAGCAGCUCCUUCAGCCAGGGCGACGCCGAGCCCGUCGUCCGGCACCGCCGCUCCGGUGCGCCCCUGGAGAUCCCGGUGGCCCACGCGGAGGCCCAGCGGCUCAAGGAGUCCCCGUCGCUCUCGGCGCUCUCUGAUGCCCGGCCCCAGGCGCUAGAGGCCACCUUACCCAGGCCCCCCACAGCCAAGGCUGCCCAAGAGAAGAGGCGAGUCCCCGAGGAGCGGGGCCAGCCCCCCGCCAAAGCAUCCGCCACCACUGCAGGGAAGAAGCCAGCAGCCUCAGGGCAGGAGGAGAAGGUGACCACCAAGGCCGAAGCCACCAGAGCUGGUGGGGCAGCUGGGGAGGGGGCUGCCAGGGCGAGAGCAGCCACCCCGCAGCAGCCCGCAGUCCCCGGCGCCCGGGCCCCCAAGACGUCCUCCUACGCUGAGGUCAUGCAAGCCAUGGGAGCCACGCAAGGUGGGGAGCCGGCCACCGAGGAGGCCCCACAGCUCCCAGCCGCUGCCCCUGCCCCUGCCCCUGCCGAGCCUCCCACGCCGGCACCGGUGGAGAAGAAGGAGAUGAAGGCCAGCGGCUCCUCCAGCUCCCUGCUCAUCGAGGACAUCGACUCGGAGGAGGUCUUCGAGGCCAAGUUCAAGCGGAGCCGCGAGUCGUCGCUCAGCCGCGGGCUGAAGCUCCUCACCCGCUCCCGCUCCGAGGACCGGCACUUGGCCAGCCCCGCGGCCCACGACGAGGGCAUCUACCGGCCCACACCGGCCGGCGUGCCCCUGGAGCUGCGCAGGAGCCAGCCUGACGGCUUGGCGGAGAAGUCCAAGUCCAGCGGCUUGGCAGAGAAGUCCAAGUCCGUGCAGGACCUGCACGAGGUGCAGAAGGACAGCGGCUUCCUCCGCAGGAUGUCCGUGCUCCUCAAGCGCACGCCGCCUGCCGAGAGGAGGAAGAGCAAGGGGGAGGAAGGGGGCGGCGAGACCCCGACCCGCGGGCGCCGCUUCUCCUGGAGCCUGGGCCUGGGCAGCUCCAAGGAGCGGAGGGACUCGGAGAGCCUCAAGUCGGAGCCGGGGGGUGGCGGGGAGAGCGAGUCGCCGGUGGUGGCGGUGCGCAGGAAGAUCAGCGCCACCAUGGAGCGCGUGUCCUCGCGGCUCCGCAGCCUGUCGGACGAGCGGCCGGAGGACGAGGAGCCGGGGGAGCCCGGGCAGCGGCGGCCCUCCCUGCUGCGCCGCUCCAUUUCGGAGGGCGACAGCCUGCGGCGGGUGGGCGUCGCGGCGCAGGACCAGGUGGGCCCACCCCCGGCACCGGCGCCCUCCUCCGAGUCCCUGCGCUCGGAGGGCAGCACCCGCUCCUCCGCCUCCGCCAAAGGUGAGGGGCAGAAGCGGUCACGCUGGGAGCGCUGGGGGCUGUCCCGGGCUAAGAAGGAGAAGAUGGCCUCGCAGCCCAGCAUCCCCUCCAGCCUGCUGCGGGAGGAGGGCUCGGCAGCCAGCCGGCAGCAUGCGCCCAGCGAGUCGGACUUCCCCCCCGUUUUCCACAUCAAGCUGAAGGACCAGGUGCUGCUGGAGGGCGACGCGCUGACCCUCUGCUGCCUGCCCGCCGGCAGCCCGACCCCCAGGAUCGUCUGGAUGAAAGACAAGCGCUCGCUGCAGCCGGACAACGCGCUGAACAUCGUCUCCUGCAAGGACGGCCGCCAGAUGCUCACCAUCUCCAAGGUCUCCAGGAAGGAUGCGGGGCUGUAUGAGUGCGCAGCCGCCAACACCCUGGGCACAGCCAUCAGCUCCUGCACGCUGGCUGUGGCACGGCUCCCCGGGCGGCCGGGCACCCCGGAGAUUGCCCAGAAGUACAAGAACACGGUGCUGGUGCUGUGGAAGCCUGCAGAGAGCAAAGCCCCCUGCACCUACACGCUGGAGUGCCGGCUGGAGGGGGAGCACGAGUGGAAGCUGGUCAGCACCGGCAUCGCCGACUGCUACUUCAACGUGACGGAGCUGCCCCCCGGCAGUGCCCCCAAGUUUCGGGUGGCCUGUGUCAACAAGGCCGGGCAGGGGCCCUUCAGCACCCCGUCGGGCAAGGUGCACCUGGAGGCAGCAGAUUCCCGAGCUGCCCUGGCCAAGGACGUCACCGUCCCUGUCCCCGACAAGGUGGCCUCCAGCCGCUCGACCCAAACCCCCCAGGCACAGCUGGAGCCCCCGGCCGCAGGGCUGCCCCCCACCACGCCGCCCCGCAAGCACAAGGCAGCGCUGCAGAAGCCCGAGCGGCCACCGCAGGCUGGCGUCCCCAGGGGGCCACGGCCAGACCCCGAGCUGCCACCCAACAUCACCGUCUGCGAGCCCCCAGAGCUGGUGUUCACCCCCCCUCGGACUGCUGCCGUGCCCCAGGCCAGCUCCCCUGCCCGGGGCUCCCCCACCGCUCCCACGGACACAUCCACCCCCACCUCGCCCACCCAGGGCUCCCCCCAGCCCCGGGCACCCUCCCCAUCCAAAUCCACCCCCGUUCCCCCGGCGUCGACCACCUCCAACGCUGCUCCCCCCAGGAAGAUGCCCCCCUACAUGGUCACCUCCUUCGUCUCCAUGCCCUCCACCUCGCCCCCUGCCCAAGAGGCCCCCACCUCUGCCCCGUCCUCCAAGGAGCCCCCGGCUGACAGCGGGGCCCCGGACGGCACGGCGUUGCGGCAGGGCAUCCCCCAGAAGCCGUACACCUUCCUGGACGAGAAGGCGAGGGGCCGCUUCGGGGUGAUCCGGCUGUGCAAGGAGAACGCCACGGGGAAGCACUUCAUAGCCAAGAUCGUGCCCUACGAGGCGGAGAGGAAGCAGAGCGUGCUGCAGGAGUACGAGAUCCUGAAGGCGCUGCACCACGAGCGCAUCAUGGCCCUGCACGAGGCGUACAUCACCCCCCGCUACCUGGUGCUCAUCUGCGAGAACUGCGCCGGCAAGGAAAUCCUCUACAGCAUCGUGGACAGGUUUCGCUACUCGGAGGACGACGUGGUGAGCUACGUGCUGCAGCUGCUGCAGGGCCUCGAGUACCUGCACGGCCGCCGCAUCGUGCACCUCGACAUCAAGCCCGACAACGUCGUCGUCUCGGGCAUGAACGCCCUCAAGAUCAUCGAUUUCGGCAGCGCCCAGACCUACAACCCCCUGGUGCUGCGGCAGCUGGGCCGGCGCGUGGGCACGCUGGAGUACAUGUCGCCGGAGGUGGUGAAGGGCGACCCGGUGGGCUCUGCCGCGGAUGUCUGGGGUGUCGGCGUCCUCACCUACAUCAUGCUGAGCGGGCGGUCGCCGUUCUUCGAGCUGGACCCCAUCGAGACGGAGAACCGCAUCCUGGCGGGGCGCUUUGACGCCUUCAAGCUGUACCCCAACGUCUCGCAGAGCGCUGCCCUCUUCAUCCGCAAGGUCCUCACCGUCCACCCCUGGAGCCGCCCCACGGUGAAGGACUGCUUUGCCAACGCCUGGCUCCAGGACGCCUACCUGAUGAAGCUGCGCCGCCAGACCCUCACCUUCACCACCAACCGCCUCAAGGAGUUCCUGGUGGAGCACCAGCGGCGCCGCGGCGAGGCCGUCACCAAGCACAAGGUCUUACUCCGCUCCUACCAGGGCGGCCAGCCGCCGGGGCCGCAGUAG